GAAACACAGCACGACCCAGAAGAUGCGUGAGGCUCCAAACAUGGACUACAGGCUGGUAUUCUCCACCUUAAAUGAAACUUGUAAUCAAACUUUGGCCUCCCUUUCUGACACGGAGGACUUGCCGUAUGGGGAGGUUGGCGAACGACUGGCCGUUUGCAUCAGACAGAUCCAGGCACAUGGCGCAGCGUUGGAGCCUGUGGUCGCCAGCUUCACAAACGUGUACCACCAUUACGACUUUGACGAGGAAACACCAGGCAAUGGGUACCGCACACUUGUAAAGGUUUUGCUGUCUUGCCUUCUCCACAUCAUCCACAAAGCUCGCUACAUCUCAUCCAACCUCAGAGGUGCCUUCUUCAGAGCCGACCACAAUGCCACGGAGAUGGAGGCAUAUUUAAGCGCCUUGUGCCAACUGAGGGCACUGCUGCACCUGGCUCAGACACUCCUCAAUGACACCCCCUGUGGUCAGCUGUGCACACUGCAGGACGCCGAGCUAAGCCGCAGGUUUGUGCAGGAGUACAGCUCUAUGCACAAGGCCUGCUUCUACGGCCGCUGCCUGGGCUUUCAGUUCUCACCAUCUCUGAGACCUUUCCUUCAGACAGUUGUCAUCAGCAUGGUGUCCUAUGGUGAGACCUAUGGCAAACAGCAGUCUGGAAUAGGUAAAGCAGCUUUAUCACUUCUAACCUCAGGGAAAUACGUCAUGGACCCAGAAAUGAGGGGGGCCGAGUUUGAACGCAUCACUCAAAACUUGGAUCUGCAGUUUUGGAAAUCCUUCUGGAACCUCACAGAGACCGGGCUUAUCACAGGCUUUAACAGGAUAGCAUCUAACCCAGUUCAGGUGAAUCUAACCCUCUCUGUGCCUCCCAUGACGCUGCAACUGCCUCUGGCCUCUGACCCGAGUCUUUCCACAAACGUGUCCCCUCCCAUUGCCCACUGGGGGCCUGGUCCGGUGCUCAUGAGGCUCAUAUCUUUCGAGAUUCGGGAGGGACAGGACAGUGAGGAGCUUCUGUCUUUCUCCAGGACUGAGACUCGCCCCAUGUCCAUGUCCCAGCUGCCUUGGGUCCAGAAACAGCCCCUCUCUCCCUGGCUCCUCAUUCACUUCCACGGAGGAGGCUUUGUGGCUCAAACAUCCAAAUCUCACGAGAAUUAUCUCAGGAACUGGUCGAAGGAGCUGGGCGUUCCUGUCCUGUCCAUAGACUAUUCUCUGUCUCCUGAAGCUCCUUUUCCUAGAGCCUUGGAGGAGUGUUUCUAUGGUUACUGUUGGGCUCUGAAGAACUGUCAUCUGCUAGGCUCCACGGCAGAGCGCGUGUGCCUAGCUGGAGACAGCGCUGGGGGAAACCUGUGCAUCACUGUGAGCAUGAAGGCCGUUUCCUGUGGGGUCCGGGUCCCAGAUGGCAUCAUGGCCGCCUACCCCGCCACCCUCCUCACCACUGACGCCUCCCCCUCCCGCCUGCUUACUUCCAUCGACCCUCUGCUGCCACUAGGGGUCCUCGCCAAGUGCCUCAAUGCCUACACAGGAAUGGGUUCUGAGGCGGUGCAGCCUGCAGUGGGCCAGGGCAGCCUUAGCUCUUUGUCCCGGGACACAGUUCUGGUCCUCAGCGACCUCACGCACAGCGCCUCCAACUGGAUACAGUCAUUUUUGGACCCCAAGAGAACCAUCGACAGACCAUCUCCCCAGCCCCCCGCCCCUCCUCUCCUCAACAGCACGCCUUUAGCCUCCACUCCAAACCGCUCAGGGUGCAGUGAUGCUGUAGAAUACCCAGAAGGCUUUGAGCCCCUUCGGUCAAAGUGCUUUGCUGUUGUUCACCCAACUUCUGGUCCCAUCCUGAAAAACCCAUUUGCAUCACCUCUUUUGGCUUCAGAGCAGCUGUUGAGGGGCCUCCCACCUGUUCACAUAGUGGCCUCUGCUCUGGAUGCCUUGCUGGAUGACUCAGUGAUGUUUGCUAAGAAGCUUAGAGCCAUGGGGCAGCCGGUGAGCUUGAGCGUGGUGGAGGACCUUCCUCAUGGCUUCCUUAGCCUCUCUCAGCUCUCCAAAGAGACAGAAGAGGCAACGCGCGUCUGUGUACAGAGAAUCAGGGAGGUUUUCCAAGGACCAAACUGCACAACCAUUUUAGAAAACUCACCACAACAGGAGGGGACGCAGCAAAGCACAGGUCAAUGAUUUGCAAAACUUAAUAAGAAAUAGUGCUCUAAUAACUGGUUAAAAGCUUUUGAAAAUGCACAAGAUUAAACUCCAUUACUUAGAAUAUAUGGGAACAAACUGGAUAUUGCAGAUAUUGCACUUUAUAUAUAUAUUGUACUGGGAAUUUUAUAUUGUCUCAAGUAUUUUUUCUCUAUGGAAAAUCUCUAUUCAUGAGUAGGUUCAAUUCAGAAUAUCUCUAACUUUUGUGGAAUGAGUUUUGGGAUUCUGUAUUUGUCAGUGUUUACAAUAAGAUACAGUUAUUAUUAAAGAAUAAUUACUGUAAAUUUACUUUUUGGAGCUUUCUACCAUGUUGUAGCAUUGUUCCCUCAUUAAAACCUGCCUGAAGUGGUUUUAUAAAUCAUCCAUGCAUGUUUAAGUACUAUUGUGAUCUCUAUGGGCACUAUUUGAACGCCUACACGGUUAGCAGUACGAUCCUGUCCAAUGCUCAGCCCACAAGCCUGUGUCACCUAUGCUCCAGAAUGGCAAUUCUCUCACUUAACUUUACCGGUAAGUGCUUUAAAGUAUUGGGGUUUAUGUGCCUUAUGUAUGUAUGAUGACAAGUUUUCUUGAAAGACUGUCCAGGACAACUUAUUUCAUGAAUCUUUAGAUACACACUCCACUGUAAUGUGUGUUUGGACUCUACUUCACCAGUGUUUCAGAAAUGUUCAUUGUAUUUAUGAUCAGAUGUUCAUUUGUUUAAUGUGAACAAAGAGUGAUGUAUUUACCAGUCUAGAAAAACUAACUGUACAUUAUAAAGUUAUUGAAGAGUUGUUGCUGUUGUUAUCUUUUAUUCAAGAGUUGUUGCUGUUGUUAUCUUUUAUUCAAACUGUUCAUAUGGUCUGAUUUGACAAGACAAGGGCCUUUGUGUCUCUUUUUACUGACAAAUAAAAAUACAUAUAUGCAAAAAAUUACAAUAAAACAUAACAGCACAAUCUCAAGGGAAAGCAUAUGUUCACACCUGUUCCUCUUCUGGGCCCCUGUCCCUCAGCCCACUUAUUUAGAGAAUGUUUCACUUUUUCAUUCUUGCCAUAUAAAUAAUAAAAAGUAAAGUUUAUAACUUUUUUUUUCCUUGCAAAGAAAUUAAAACUUAGGGUAUUGUGGCCUUUUUAUAGAGUUGUAAUAUGUUGACCCCUUUUGCUAUUCCAUUUUCUCCUUGUGUGUUACAGUUGAAAAAAACAAAAAAUCAUAUUGUGUUACUGAGCUUAAAUUUCUGUCUGUUGCUCCAUGUCCAACCACAUUAUUCAACAAUGUGUCUCUGUUUUUCUACAAUUUGAGGUGAUCACCCUAUUCAUAUUCUUUACAUUCUCCAUGGAGAUAAAUAUGUUUUAUACCAUACUGUGUAAUAUUAUUGCCAAAGAAUAAAAACAUUUCCAAGGAAACAAGAGAUCAACUAAGAGUCAGGUUUGUAGACUUGCA